AUGGCAACCCCCAUGAUGCAAGCUCAAACUAUGUGUGAAUUAUGUGGGGGUCCUCAUGCUUAUGAAAAAUGUCAGUAUGCAGAUGUCAAUAAUAUGCCAUUGGAACAAGCUCAAGCCAUUGGGAAUUUUCCUCAUCAAAAUAAUAAUAAUCCUUAUUCAAAUUUCUAUAACCAGGGUUGGAGGAAUCACCCCAAUUUUUCUUGGAAGAAUGACCAACAAGGCCAGUCUUCAGUUCAGCCAUCACAGGAACCAUUUCAGCAGCCACCUCCUGGGUUUUACCAACCGCCCAUGCAACGACACCAGAAUCCUAUGAGACAGCCUGAUACUCAGUCUGAUGUUCUUAAUCAAUUCAUGACUGAAACGCGGUCUUCUAUUAGAAAUUUGGAGAACCAGAUUGGGAAAUUGGCUACUCUUAUGGCCAACCGUGCUCAAGGUAACCUUCCUAGCACCACUGAAUUCAAUCCAAAAGAAGAGUGCCAGGCUAUUACAUUGAGAAGUGGGAAGAAAUAUGAAGAGCCAAGUGUGGAGCAGUCAGAUGAAGACAAGGUUCGGGAUCAACAAGCACAGGGCACAGUGGAAAAGAAGCAAGGUGAAAAAAAGGUUACUGAAUACCUCCCAACCAAAGAAGCUACACCACAAGUGAGCAUAGAUCACCACAUCAAGAUUCCCUACCCACAAAGGCUCCGCAAGAACAACCUUGAUAAGAAAUUCUCAAAGUUCCUUGAAAUAUUCAAGAAACUACAUAUCAAUAUCUCAUUUGUGGAGGCCAUGGAGCAAAUGCCAAGGCUAAAAUUGGGAGAAGCUCGCCCUACAACGAUUUCCUUACAGAUGGCUGAUCGCUUCAUUAAACAUCCUCGUGGAGUGAUAGAGGAUGUCUUGGUGAAGGUGGGUAAAUUUAUUUUCCCUGCUGAUUUUAUAAUUCUUGACAUGGAGGAAGAUGCAAACAUUCCCAUUAUUUUGGGAAGACCAUUCUUAGCCACAGGACGAGCUUUAAUCGAUGUACAAAAAGGGGAGUUAAGGUUGCAGGUCCAAAAUGAGGAAAUAAGUUUUAAUGUCUUUGCAGCAACUGAAAUUCCUACAUGUUGUAGAGUUGAUAUGGAGAAUGAUUGUCAAGAAUCAAUUGGUAAAAAGAAGAAGAAGACCAAAGAACGAUUUCGAACAGUUCGACGUCGUAUGAAAAGAUUAUUGUGUGGCAAGUUUGAAGGUUUCGAUGACAUUGGGGAUAAUUUCAAUAUUCUCAACAGUAGUAGGGAAUUUUCCUCGCAUGACACGAUGGCUCUCAAGGAUGCAAGGGGUGGACUUGACCCAAGUUGA